AUGCGGGAUGAGAACUUUCGUCCACAACGACUGCUCAAAGUGAGUAUCACUGGCGCCGGGAUUCUUGUGCAGCUUUUAGUGACCAAGGAAAUUCCACGAGAAGUUCGUAUUCAGUAUCUGACUUUAAGCUAUUGUUGGGGCCAAGGGGAUCAUCUUCGUCUAACGAAAGCUACCGAGGAAACUUUUGCGGAAGGUGUCCCGUUGGAAGAUAUGCCAAAAACCCUUUUGGAUGCUGUAGUUAUCACGGCAAGACUACACUACGAACACCUAUGGAUUGACGCAUUGUGCAUUAUCCAAGAUUCCGAACAAGAUACGAAAGACAACAUCCUUUCGAUGGGCGAGGUCUAUAGGAACUCGAUAUUCACAAUUGCAGCACUAGCCGCUAGAGGAAGUCAUGAAGGUUGUUUUGUCAGGAGAAAUCCUCUAGCACGGGACGAAUACAGGGUCCGUGAAGACAGUCCUUAUACAUUCUCUCAUCUUUUUGAACCCAUUGGCCCUGACACGCGGGAUCCGCAGCUAGCUCCUCCCCUUCAGAAGAGGGCUUGGGUUAUUCAGGAACGUGCACUAUCUCCUAGGACCUUAUAUUACGGCUCAGAAAUGAUUUUCUGGGAGUGCAUUCAGUCUAAGGCAUCUGAGUAUGAGCCUAUCAUGCAAGAUCUUUGGUACGCUGGCGGUCAGGAUCUUAAAGAUCGUUCACCAGGUGUGAUCUUUCAUAGUGGCAUGAAAUCCGUCUUCAAACUCCUACUUGAUAGAUGUAAAGAUGGAACUUACUGCGACUGGAUUUCUUACUGGAGGAAACUUGUUCGAGACUACACAGUCUGUCAAAUGACAAAGGAGAGCGACAAAUGGGCAGCUAUCGCGGGAUUAGCAACUGAAGUUGAGUUGGUGGCUCGCGACGAAUCAUUUCAUGGACUGUGGAAAAAUCGUUUGUGUCGUGAACUUCUCUGGUACGCAGAUAGGCCUGGGCGAAGAUUGGGGACGGAGAAACCAGGAGGCCAAGAAGUCAAGGCCCCAUCCUGGUCGUGGACCUCCGUCGACGCAAUAAUUGAGUGGUGG